AUGUCACGAUCGGUGCUCGUUCUCGGAGCUAAUCGGGGUAUCGGUCUCAAUCUCUGCAAACAAUUCGCGAAGCACGGCUGGAAAGUGGCUGGCACUAUCCGUCAGCAAACAGAAGGGGGGGCUUCAGUGGAAGAGUUGAAGGAAAUAACCAAAGACAUCUUUGUCCUUGACUACACCGACGAGCAUAGCAUCAUACAAGCUGCCAAGUAUUACGGGACUCGACCACUGGAUGUGCUUAUCAACUGCGCCGGUGUUGAGCCACAGCCCGUGAAGUGGCAGAAUCAUAGCGCCGAGAUAUUGCUUGAAAAGUUCCAGAUCAUGGCUGUUGGGCCGUUCCUAGCAAGCAAGCACUUCUUUCCAGCUCUUGAGAAGAGCAAAGGGAAAAUCAUCAACAUAUCUUCCGACAUGGGUUCAAUUUCACGUGGGUAA